ACACAAGGCAAAGGUGCUCACAACUUCCGCCAAUUCGUCACUACAAACGUUACAGCUAUCUUAUUUACUGUCCACUCUUCCAACUCCGUGCCUUAUUUAAGCAUUCCAAGGCGAUUCCCAACACAAAUUAACCCAAUCAUUCACAGCAUAGAUCCACGCUCUACCAAGUUUCUAGCAAAUUAUCCAGUACCUACCAUUCAGCAGCCAAAUAAUGCAAGCCCAAAUCCUCCUGGUAACUUAUCCGGCACAAGGCCACAUCAAUCCAUCUCUCCAACUAGCUAAGCUCCUCACACGUGCUGGUGCCCAUGUCACCUUUGUCACUAGCAGCUCUGCCAGUACCCGCAUGUCCAAACCCCCAACCCUGGAAGGGUUGGAAUUUGUGACAUUCUCGGAUGGCUAUGAUCACGGAUUCAAACACGGGGAUGACCUCCAAAACUUCAUGUCCGAGCUUGACCGUCUCGGGUCCCAAGCUCUUACCGAGCUCAUCGUGGCCAGAGCAAAUGAAGGUCGUCCCUUUACUUGCUUACUCUACGGUAUCAUAAUUCCUUGGGUGGCAGAGGUCGCCCAAAGCUUUCACCUCCCAUCUGCACUCGUUUGGAGUCAAGCUGCCACUGUUUUUGAUAUCUACUACUACUAUUUCAAUGGUUAUGGAGAGCUCAUUGGGAACAAGGGCAAUGGCUCCUCUUCUUCCAUUGAAUUACCAGGGCUCCCCUUGCUCAGUAGUAGUGAUCUUCCCUCAUUUUUAGAGCCCUCAAAAGCAAUUGCAUUCAAUUUUGUCCUCAAAUCGCUUCAGAAGCAACUAGAGCAGCUCAACCGUGAAAGCAACCCGAGAGUACUGGUAAACAGUUUCGAUGCAUUAGAGUCCGAGGCCCUAAGAGCUCUCAAUAAGUUUAAGUUAAUGGGAAUUGGACCCUUGCUUCCAUUGGCUUUCUUGGAUGGAAAAGACCCAUCCGAUACUUCAUUUGGAGGCGAUCUUUUCCGUGAUUCAAAGGACUAUAUCCAGUGGCUGAACUCAAAGCCUGAAUCUUCUGUCAUUUAUGUAUCAUUCGGAAGCCUCUCGGUGUUAUCAAAGCAACAGUCAGAGGAAAUUGCUCGUGGACUGCUAGCCAGCGGGCGGCCAUUCUUGUGGGUCAUAAGAGCCAAAGAAAAUGGGGAAGAAGAGAAAGAAGAUGAUAAACUGAGUUGUGUUGAAGAGUUGGAACAACAAGGGAUGAUAGUUCCUUGGUGUUCUCAGGUAGAGGUUUUGUCACAUCCUUCAUUGGGAUGUUUUGUGUCACACUGCGGUUGGAAUUCAACUUUAGAGAGCUUGGCUUGUGGGGUGCCAGUGGUGGCAUUUCCUCAGUGGACUGAUCAAACUACAAACGCGAAGCUGAUUGAAGAUGUGUGGAAGACGGGUCUACGGGUGAUGGUGAACCAAGAAGGAAUAGUUGAAGGUGGUGAGAUCAAGAAGUGCUUGGAAUUGGUCAUGGGAUGUGGAGAAAAGGGGCAAGAGGUGAGAAGGAAUGCCAAGAAAUGGAAGGAUUUGGCAAGGGAAGCUGUGAAAGAAGGUGGAUCUUCUGACAAGAACCUCAAGAAUUUUGUGAAUGAAAUUAUACAGGGUUAUUAGUAAAGAUGCAACACAAAAAAAAAAAAAAAAAAAAGGAAGAAUGAAUAAGACAUGUUUGAUUUGGUGAUAUUUAAGUUUAUAAGUGGAAACUAUUGUUAAAAAUUGAUCCCAAAAA